AUGCUGCUGUUCUUAUUUAUUAUUCUGUUGUCAGUAAUUUUUCAGUUUAGUUUUGUUAGUCUCUCAGCUCUGCAGCAUUGGAACUGUCCUACAGGCCCUCCUGCAGGAAAUGGGGAUUCCGUUUGUGUGGGUGAGGAGAACAGUAAAGAAAACUGCUGGCAAGUGGCUUCUGAACUUUCAAGCCUAGUUGCACAAGCAGAGAAAUAUCAGCUGAGGAAAGGAAGUGUUCCUGCUUGCAGAUUGAGCAAUAUAGAGAAAAGUGUUUCAGGAAUGGCAAUAAAUUGGAUAAAUGAAGAAAUUAUUUGGUCAAACCAACAAGAAGGAGUCAUUACAGUAACUGAUAUGAAAGGAAACAAUCCCCAGGUUCUCUUAAAUGGCUUAAAUAAUCCUGAAAAUGUAGCAGUUGAUCCAGUAGAAAGGUUUAUAUUUUGGUCUUCAGAGGUGGGUGGUAGCCUUCACAGAGCUGAUCUCAAUGGUGCAGACUCAAAAAUUCUGCUGGAGACACCAGGGAAAAUAACAGCUGUAUCACUGGAUGUCCUUAAUAAACUACUCUUUUGGAUUCAGCACAGUGAAAAAGGAAGACAUUCUCAUAUUGGUUUCUGUGAUUAUGAUGGAGGUUCUGUUCAUCUUAUCAAACAUCUUUCACAGCACUGUUUGUUUGCAAUAUCUCUUUUUGGUGAUCGUAUCUUCUAUUCAACCUCGAAAGAGAAGGCAAUUUGGAUAGCCAACAAACAUACUGGGAAGGUUAUGGUUAAAAUGAACCUAAAUCCAUCCUUUGCACCACCUGGUCAAAUUAAAGUAGUGCAUCCACUUGUACAGCCCAAGGCAAAGGGCGAUGCUGGGGAGUCUGAUCAGGAACUUUGCAAACUGAAGAAAGGAACCUGCAGAGGCAGUGUGUGUGGGCAAGACCCCAAAUCCCAUGUGUGCACAUGUGCUGAGGGAUAUACUUUAAGCCAAGACAGGAAGUACUGUGAAGAUGUCAAUGAAUGUGCCCUUUCGAAUCAUGGCUGUACUCUUGGUUGUGAGAAUACCCCUGGAUCCUACUAUUGCACAUGCCCUGUGGGAUAUAUUCUGCUUCCUGAUGGGAAACAAUGCCAUGAACUCGUUUCCUGCCCAAGUAAUGCAUCUGAAUGCAGCUAUGGCUGUUUUCUGACAUUAGAUGGCCCCCUAUGUUUCUGUCCUGAAAGCUCAGCACUUAAGGCAGAUGGAAAAACAUGUAGUGGUUGUUCAUCAUCUGAUAAUGGCGAGUGUAGCCAACUCUGCAUCGCCCUCAGCCCAGUAUCCUGGAAAUGUGGUUGCUUGCCUGGCUAUAACCUACAGCUGGACAAAAAAAGCUGUGCAGCUUCAGGACCACAACCGUUUUUGCUGUUUGCCAAUUCUCAAGAUAUUCGACGCAUGCAUUUUGAUGGAACAGAUUAUGAAACCCUGUUCAGUCAGCAGAUGGAAAUGGUUUUUGCCCUAGAUCACGACCCUGUGGAAAAUAAGAUAUACUUUGCCAACACAGCCCUGAAAUGGAUAGAGAGAGCUAAUGUAGAUGGUUCAAACCGAGAAAGGCUUAUCGAGGAUGGAGUAAAUAUGCCAGAAGGUCUUGCUGUAGACUGGAUUAACCAUAAAUUCUACUGGACAGACAGAGGGGAAUCCCUCAUUGAAAGGAGUGAUUUAAAUGGAACGCAUCGUGAAAUAAUCAUUAAGGAGGACAUCUCUGAGCCACGAGGAAUUGCUGUUCAUCCAAUAGCCAAGAGAUUAUUCUGGACUGAUGUGGGGAUUAAUCCACGAAUUGAAAGUUCUUCCCUUCAAGGCACUUACCGACAGGUUAUAGCAGGUUCUGAUCUGGUCUGGCCCAGUGGAAUAACGAUUGACUAUGUAACUGACAAGUUGUAUUGGUGUGAUGCCAAGCAAUCAGUGAUUGAAAUGGCCAAUCUGGAUGGUUCAAAACGCCAAAGACUUGCCCAGAACGAUGUAGGUCAUCCAUUUUCGGUAGCUGUGUUUGAGGAUUAUCUGUGGUUCUCUGAUUGGGCUACACCAUCAGUAGUAAGAGUGAACAAAAGGACUGGCGAAAACAGGAGGCGUCUCCGAGGCAGCAUGCUGAAGCCCUCAUCACUGGUUGUGGUUCAUCCAUUGGCAAAACCAGGAGCAGAUCCCUGCUUACAUCAAAAUGGUGGUUGUGAACAUAUUUGCAAAGAAAGGUUUGGAAUUGCUUGGUGCUCAUGUCAUAAAGGUUUUAUGAAAGCGCCAGAUGGGAAAACAUGUCUGAUUCUGAAUGGUCUUCAGAUAUCAGCAGGUAAUGAAGCAGAUCUAAGUAAGCAAGCAACACCUAUAGACCCCUCACCCAUGACUCAAACAUUUGAAGAAGGAUUGCAAUCUCAACACAUGCUAGUGGCUGAAAUCAUGGUGUCAGAUGACGAUGACUGUGCUCCCGUGAGAUGUGGCACACAUGCUUGGUGUGUUUCAGAAGGAGACAACACCACGUGUCAGUGUUUGAAAGGAUUUGCUGGUGAUGGAAAACAAUGUUCUGAUAUAGAUGAAUGUGAGAAGAACAUCACAAUUUGCCCUUCAGCCUCAUCCCAGUGCAUCAAUACUGAAGGUGGCUAUGUCUGCAGGUGCUUAGAGGGCUACAAAGAAGAUGGAAUUCACUGUCUUGACACUACUCCACCUUCUCAUCUCAGAGAAGAUGACCUCCAUCCUGUCAGACAUACCUAUCUGGAAUGUCCCCCGUCGCAUAAUGGGUACUGCCUCAAUGGUGGUCUAUGCAUGUAUAUUGAAGCAGUGGACCAGUACGCAUGCAAAUGCAUUGUUGGCUUCGUGGGAGAUCGAUGUCAACACCAAGAAUUGAGAUGGUGGAAACUGAGCCACGCUGGCCAUGGGCAGCAACAGAACAUCACCAUAGUGGCUGUUUGUGUGCUUGGACUUGUCCUGCUACUCCUCUUGGCACUAUGGGGGACUCAUUAUUACAGCUCUGCUUUCUUAAAAGUGGACCUAAAGCAGACCCUGCUAUGUAACUCCGAGAGCAUUAUAACUCUGAAGUUUGUGGUUUUAAAGGAACACGAAGACCUCAAGUGUGGAAAUCAACCUGUAGCCCUAAAUGGUGGUCUGGCUGCAAAUGGGUCAGUGCAACCAGUCUCAUACAGGAAACAGCCUCAGAUGCAUGGAAUGGACACAGGGCAAAACUGCUGGAUUCCACCAUCGAGUAAUAAAACCUCUGGUCCCUGGGGAAUGGAGCAGAUCCUUCAUCUACCCUCUUAUGUAGCGCGACCCAUUGCUGUUGGGGUCCAGAAGCCUUUCUCUCUCCUGUCAGUUAAGCCAUUAUGGCAACAGAGGACUCCCACUCCACUAUGCUAG